AGCAGAUCUGCCGAUGUGUUGGAGGAUUACAGAAGAAAACGUAGAAGAAGAAAUGGAAAAGAGGAAAAUGGAUGAAAUGGAUGUGACGACGCGCAAAAGGAGAGGAGGAUUCACGCGCUACAGAGAACCACACACAGGAGCCCUUCUGCCAGGAGAGAGAGACAGACAGAGGAGGAGGAGAAGAAGACGUCUUGGAAGACACUUGGAAACCCCCCCACCUCCACUCCCCCCUCCCUCUCACAUAAACACUCAUACACACACCUCCCCUUCCCACCCGUCAGCGAGCUAUUUUUUACACCCCACAAGUAUCCUGGUAUAAGAAAAACUUUUUUCUUCCUCAUUGGAAAGAAGAAAAUCCUCCAAAGAAACUCCAACAAACACUCAGAGAGCCGCGAGCGCAGCGCGGAGGAGCAUGGCCCGCAGGGCGCAGUUUAAGUUCCUAGGAACUUUCUGGAAGCCGUUUCCUUCCUCCACGACAUCAGAAAAUCAGAGGAAAUCUCUCGGUCAGAUUGCAGGGGACCGUUGGAGAGACACCGUCACGUGACCCCCGGUACCAAAUGGUCUUCCGGCAGUGGCUCUCAUCAGUGACCGGAGCACACGCAGACGCCGCCUCUCCUCUCAGAAAUGCAGAAGACGACAUACUACGACAACUCCUCGACACUUUUCGGUGGCUACUCGUCCUACCAGGUGCAGGGGGCUGCAGCGGCGGCGGCAGCAGCCAACGGCUUUGGGGGCUACGAUGCCCCGGUCCCAGUGUCCCACCACCAGCCGGCCUUCCAGUCGGCGUCCCAUCUGGACGUGGACUCGUACCAGCGCUCGGCGUGCUCCUUACAGGCGCUGGGCAGUAACAGCAGCCACCAGCAGCAGCAGCAGCUCGCCAAGAACAAGGAGCUGAAUGGCAGCUGCAUGCGGCCCAGCCUGCCACCAGAGCACCACCCCGCCUCCCAAGUGUCCCCCCCACUGCCCCCAAACCCCAGCAAUGGUAGUACUGGGGCUCAGCAGCCGGGGGGCAGUGCUGGGGCCUCUUCAGUGUCCAAAUCAGGCCCUACUAAGUCCUCCAAUUCCUCCUCGUCCAUAUCGUCCUCCACCUCGUCCUCCUCCUCCUCCCUGCCCCCCAACCCUGCCCUGGCCAAGCAGAUCUUCCCCUGGAUGAAGGAGAGCCGGCAGACGACCAAGCAGAAAAACUGUUCGCCCAGCAACAACUCUGGAAACGCGUCAGGAGGAGCAGAGAGCGGCAGCAGCGGGGAGAAGAGUCCGACGGGCAGCUCAUCGGCGUCUUCUAAGCGUGCUCGUACGGCGUACACGAGCGCCCAGCUGGUGGAGCUGGAGAAGGAGUUUCACUUUAACCGCUACCUGUGCCGGCCACGCCGCGUGGAGAUGGCCAACCUCCUCAACCUGUCCGAGCGCCAGAUCAAGAUCUGGUUCCAGAACCGACGUAUGAAGUACAAGAAGGACCAGAAGUCCAAGGGCCUGAGCUCCAGCUCUGGGGGGCCCUCGCCGACGGGGUCUCCCCCCCUCACCAUGCAGUCCUCCGCCAGCUUCCUCAACUCCAUACACGCUAUGGGUGGGGGAGGCGGGGCAGGAGGCUACGACGUCCCGUCUCCGCCAUCCUUCGGGAAGCCCCACCAGGGCGUGUCCUACUCCAUGUCCACUGCCUACUCCAACGUCCCCAUGAAGGGCUGCCCCCCCCAGCAGAAGUACGGGGCCCCCGACCCGGACUACGGCGACCCCCACCCCCACCACGGUCUGGUACAGGCCAACAACGCGGGCUAUGGGACCCCCACCAACAUGCAGGCCAGCCCGGUAUACGUAGGGGGGGGCAGCUAUGUGGACCAGAUGCCCGGCUCGGGGCCCUCCAUGUACGGGCUAAACCACCUCGGCCCCACACCCCCCCACCACCAAACCAUGGACUACAACGGCGGGGGGCCUAUGUCGGCUGCAAACCAGCACCACGUGGGUGGAGGGGGCCCGCAGGGUCCCUGUGACCCCCCCGCACACCCGACGUACACCGAGCUGUCGGCGCACCACACCUCGACUCAGGGCAGAAUCCAGGAAGCACCCAAGCUCACUCACCUGUAGCAGGUUUGGAACAAACGUAGGAGGUAGAAGACGACAGGAACGAGUAACACCACACGACUCAGUGACAGACUGACACCAGGGGACUCUACUGCUGCGGGGGCCGAGGGAGGGGGGCAGGACGGGCCCGCAGGAGACAUCCAGGGGUUUGUCAUGUGCUCUAAAAUAUAAAACAUGAUCCAUUCAACGCCGUCAUGUUCAUGCUGCCUCAAACUGCUGCUCCACCUGGGCUGACAGGGCUUUAGCUUCACUGUUUCCUUAAAAUAGACGACGUUUAGCUCAACACGCCUGCUUUAAAGUAGCUGUGAGGUCCUAAAGACGGGACAGAAGCAGGGGAUAAGAGGCACAUCUCUGUUCUUGGAAUGAAAUCAGUGCUGGCUGGAGAACUUGUUCCUUGGCAUGUGAUUCAUGCAGUAAUAGAAUCAACUAAGAGGAAGCACCAAGACUCUCUAUUUAACCCUCAAAAUGCCUUUAUUUUCACAGCAUGGUCAUGUAGACGUUAGAGAGAAGUCUUCAGAUUGUGUUUUUAAGGUUUACACAACCGUGGUGUGAAAAUAAAGUCAUUUUAACCAUUAAAGAGAAAGCCUUGGAGUGCUUUCUUUAAUUAUUAUGACUGUUUCUCUGUCUUGAUAUAAACAGUUGUAUAGGCAUGCAUAGAAAACCAGGAGCGGCUGUACAAGCCCCUGUUAGUCUAAGGAGGUCUCAUCCUCUCCAAAAACACAAACCCAGUGAUGAAAAGCACAAAACAAAGCAGUUAGACUGUACAAAUCUGAGCUUUUGAUUCUCUUUGUAGAUAUUUUAGGGCUAUGUGCUGCAGCUAACAUCAGCUCAGCAUGUUUUAACUUACAAACUUUAGCUGACUGAAAUUCUUUAAAAAGUUCAGACUGCAAACAUCUAAAAAGAAAAUGUUAGUGUCCUGCACAGUACUGCAUUAGCUCUUUAAAAGAUGUUUGAAUGUCUGGUGUAAUGCAGCUUCGAUUAAUUUUUAACUUAAUCCUGUAAAGUUAGACUUCUGCUGCCCACUCGUCCUGUUAAAGGUUUAUAAAGUUAACGCCCACCCUCUCCGCGCUCUCCCCAUGGAGAGUUUUUGGUCCCAGAGCAGUGAGGCGUGUUGUACGAGUGGGAGACGAGGUGUACAGUCAAUCCUCUCCCACGUCCCCCCGGGGAGACGAUAAAUGUCAGGGAGCUCGUCUUGUGGCACUCCUGCAGAGACGUAUCGGCAGCUGUACGGCAUAAAGAGAUGUGGAGAGAGCUCUGUUUUAGUCUGCGCUCAUUAGGCGGAGAAUUUACUGCAGGAUGGAGCACGUUAGUCAAACAUAGCAAACGUCAUGGAGGCUAAAAGGGAGAGGAAAUAUCAGAGCAGCAUGUGUGAUAUCUAAGAAGUUCACUGUAAAGUACUUCCCCACUGUGGAUUUUAUCCACUAUUGGGCCUUUUAAACCUUCUUAGGUAGUAUGUUGUAAAGAGCCUGAACUGGCUCUGUGCUUUAAAAUUACACUUAGAUUAUAAAACUACAAACAUCCCUCCCUCCUGGUGAAUGAAAUAGUAGAUAUUUUAAUGUGCAGUUAACGAGGUGGCUAGAUUUAUGACGGCGCGCUCUCCCCCUCCAGGCAGCAUGUGAUGCUGUCAGCUGAUCCUCCAUCAGACGGAGAAAUAUACGAUCUUCUGUUUCAGCACAUAAAAACCUCUGGAUGCUCUUCAGGCCUCACUCUGCCUCCUCUCGCCUCUGUCCGCUCAGACUGAAUCACUACUAACCCUCUGUGUCCGUCUGUGGCAGCAGCACAUGAUUCUGAAGGAGGCACAACCUCUCACAAUCGGCCACAGACCCCUCCACUAACACCACAUACAUGAAUACUGACCACAGCUCUCAUCGCUCUAACAGGGUUUAAGAGGCUAAGCUAGCUCCAGGACACGUCUGUGCUAAGCUAUGUUAGCUCAUCACUUCUUCAUGUGGGAUUCCUUAAAAACAUGUCAUUUCACUCACACUGGUGUCAGCACUUUGGUUUGGGUUUAUGCACCAAAAUGACUUGGUUAUAUGUGGGACAAGAUCCUAGUCUUAGCUAAAAUAUAAAUCCAAAGGCCUCUUAUGUUGAUUUUAAAAUAAUAGGAGAGUACUAGAGCCACUUUAAGGAGAAAAAUCAGAGAUUUUGUGGAUAAAGUCCUCAUUUCUUGCAAAAAAAAAAAGGAGCUAAAGUUAGCUUGUGUUCUAUUUUUAUAGGAAUAUCUAAAAAGUAUGCUGCUGCCUGCAGUAAAACAGAACAUCUCGUAAAGUUCAGCCUCUGUAAAGGUUUCUGUAGCAAAUCGCUCCCUUAGUCAACCUUUGAAAUUCCUCUGGACACGCUGCGGUCUGUCUCCAACAUGUCCCAGAGGUCCAUUGUGCUCUGCAUGAGACAUGCACCAGAUCUAUCCAGCAGCAGCCAAACCACCUCAAUCCUUGUAGAGCAGAUUGAUCCACACAGGAGGAAAAACAUGCGAAGCAUCCGCUCACCUGUGAAAUGCAACCCAACACACAGACUUUGAUCGUAAAUCAUCACUCUAACAUCACAUCUCAUUUUGUGGCACAGGCUACAGGCCGGUCAGAGGGUCACGGAGCUACUGAGGUCCCGUUAACGAAGAAAAGUUCACUUUUGAGAUGGAAACAUGAAACCACACGUUUGACUUCCUGUACUCACCCAUGGUGGGAACAAUGGAAUCGUGGAAUAGACUAGAAAUGAAGAGCAAAAAAGGCAUCAUUUCCAGAGAGCAGUGGUUCUCAACCUUGGGUUGAGACCCCCUUGGAGGUCUUGAGACACUGACACGGGGUCUCCAGAUGCCCUAAAAAACUAAGAAUAUUUUUUAAACGAUACUGUUGCCACUUUCCACCAUCUUUUGCCAUUAUUAACCCAUUGUAGCAAUUUUUAACCAGAUUUUUAUUCUUUUUUUUAUCAAGGGGGAUUUACAUUUUUAAGAAGGCUAUUUACUGCACAAAAAUACGUAUUUUUCUUUGAUAAGAGUAAUUAUUUUUUCAGUUUCGAUAUGAAAUAUGUUUAUCACAUCUUAACUUUAAAAGGGACCAUGGUUUUGUUGACCUCCAUGGACCCCCGGUUUGGCUGUGCACCAGAAAGCUCUUCCAUUUAUCCUCCUUUAUGGAUGGCCUUUUCUGCACAUGACUAUUCCAAAUUGUGCAUGGCUGUGUUAACCAUCUUCAGGUACAGUUGGAUGUCCCUGUUCUCUGGCACUUUUAUUUUGGGGGUUGCGGGCUGAAAAGGUUGAGAACCCCUGCCAUAGAGAACUCUUGGUUCUCCCUUGAUCUUGUAAUCUUGAGUCUCUAGCUGUUCAGGACAUGAGGAACGGUUCCAGUGGGCGACGGCACGCACCAUCAGUCAGAGCAAAGCCCUGCGCACUUGGAACUUAGCUCAGGCGGAGUAUGUGGAAUAUGGGGGUAAUACUUACUUUUAUGGUACAUCAGCACCAUUGUCAGUGCAUUUACAUGCACCGCUGAGUUGACAUAGAGUUCCAGCUCAUUUAGGAUAUUUAACUGGACUGCUGUCCUUGUCCCAGGAUGCACACGCUGAGGGAGAACUGAUUUAAUGAUAGGAAAAACAUCUGCUACUCUAACAUGCCCCUUUUAAUCAAGUUUCUGUAGACAUUUUUCACAUUAAGUACUUUGGCACAAAUGUGUUGCCUGCAUCCCUCUUACUUAAAAGCUCUGGUCAUUUACAUGCAAAAAUAAAACAGUCUCCAACUGAACUAUCUACAUGUGUCCAGCUAUGAGGAAUUUAACUUCAACAUGAUGAAUUCCUCUGCAUCAGAUCUGCCCUAAAGUUGCUCCAUGUAGCCUUGAACCCUACAAAAAGGCCUACCUACCUAACGACCCAGACUGCAACCCCUGUGAUUCUGCCACUGGUUAGCACGGGUCACGGGUUAGCACCAGCCUCUCAGUAAUGUCUACAGAUGUGUUGUGUGUACUCCAUAGCUGCAGGCUGCAAUAGAUGUCGGUCAGUGGCUGAAAAGUGUCAAGAAAAAUCCUUCAGCUGAUUCACCAGCUUCCCAUCUCCCGCGAUGUCUCCCCUUUUUUCUCUGUCGAUCAGUAUUUAUUAGCUCCAUCUCAAACACAAGUUUCAACCGCCAUAGCUUCCUGUGCACAAACAUGCAGGAAAUAAGAGGACAGGACUGCGAACCGGCAUAAAAUUACACUGCUGAGUAGCAUCUGGGCACAGUAUUGCAGAGCGGUGUGGACACGCAAUAAACAAGUAUUUAGUAUCAAGUAUCAGACUGCAGUCCGACUGACAUGUUUACAUGCAGUUUUAGUCAGAUGAUCUACUUUUUCUGACAGCAUGUAAAUGCACGGACUGUAAAGUUCAAGGUUCAAAGUUCUUUAUUAGAACCCAAAAAGGUACAUUUGUUGUGCAGACAGGAGUUCAGCAUCCAUUAAAAUGUUAAAACAAACAUUGACGAUUAAAACCAAGUCAUGAUAAAGUGCUCUGGAUGACAUCCAGUCUAAAAUAACACUCCAGAAGUGCUAAAGUGCUUUUGAAGGCUGCCUAGAAUAAUACAUACUCCAUUAAAGUUAAAGUGCAUCAUAGUUUUGUCAAGCAGUGCCAUAUCUGCAGGUACAUCAGUGCUCCUGUAGCGUUCAGUUCUCCCUUUAGUAAGUAUCAGGAUUGUGCAAAAAGUUGUUUUUUUUCUGCCGAAAAAAAGACUCACUUGCAAGAAAGGAUCUCAUUUGUAACAGAGAAAAUGGAUGUAAGCAAUCAGGAUCUUUAAAAUAACAUGCAGGCUAAAAAUACCCCACAAUGGGGUUUUUCUCCUCAGAAACAGCGGUUUCCUAAAAUAUUAUGACUUAUUUCUCAGAUUCUCUGAUUUUACUCCAUUAACAUGGCUCUCAUUCUGUGUCUUAGUUUAAAAACUCUCCGUUAAAGUGAGGGAUUUGUUUCCAGACACAGUUUGGUCUGUCUGGACGAUCCAAUAAAAGGCGACAAAAAUACACGACUGGGUGAAAUACAGCCUUUAAGGAGUCCCCCUUCACAGUCAUCAUCAGGUGAUGCUGAGCGUCCUCUCACUCACGUGCACACUAACACACACACACACAUUUACACACACACUGACAGCCAGCUGUUGACAUCUUCAAACAAACUGAUGAGAGGACACGGAAGAGACUUUUUUAAUGUUCUUAUUUUAGCACAUCAUCGACACAGGGUAAUAAUAAGAGUGGAGAACACUAUUUAUUUAUGUUUGGGUAAGUCACUGCCCUCUCUCUCUCUCUCUCUCUCUCUCUCUCUCUCUCUCUUUCUCUCUGAAGGGUUCACUUUCGUUAGCGGACAGCGACGCGUCCACAUUUUGCUAUGGUUUAGUUUUGUUCUCACAUAUCUUGACUUUUAAACGUGGAUACAGGGUAUAUAUUUGAACAAAAAUGACUGUCUCAGAGCUCAGAGCUGACGUGUUGGUGCACUCUAAAACCUGCGGCAUUUAUUUAUCAGAGCGGAUAAACAAGAGACUAUUUCUGCCAGCGUGUUUGAGCGUGUGUGUGUGUGUGUUGACCUUUUCUCAGACCCUGUUUACACUUCACGCUAAGAUCUGUGCUGGGUUCCAGAUACCAGACACAUGCAUUCAAACUUUUGCAUUAACGUCUCCAGUGCUAACCUAUGAUUGUAACCCAUUCGCCAACCUCUUAUGCAAGUAUCAGCCUGUGCAUCAUCUCUGUGUCGCUUCCCCCGGCGUUGACGGUCUGUUUUUAUGAGACUUUUGCUGAGAGAGAUCCAUAAAUGUGACCCAAUCCCACAUGGUUUAUUCACUAACUUCACCAUGUCCUUUAAAGGAAAAAAUGAAGGAGAAAAGCUGCUAAAAAAGCUGCUGCAGGCUCUUAAUUAUUGGAUGGGUUUCUCUGCAUGCAACGUGCAGUGAAGAAGCUUGCAGCACAGAUGGAUGGAGGCAAGUUAGCCACAUGCUAAUAGACUAGCGGCGCCUCUUGAACAGCUUUUCUCCCUCAUUUUGUCAUAACGAUGCUUCUGGGGUUCCAGUUUAGCUCACUGGGUAGAGCAGGCAUCCAUACACAGAAGUUAUAGUCCUUGAUACGGAAUCGGUUCCUGGUCUUGGUCCUGUUUGGUGCAUGUCUUCCCCCACUCUCUUCAGAGUCUAUAGGAAACAGGGAUGGGGCGCUGAUGGUUAUGUCUGCGCAUCCCAUGUAUGAAGGCUUCUUUGCAUGUCAUUCCCGACUCUCCUGCUCCAAUUUCCAAGUUAAUCCAUGGUUCUUUCCCUCAAAUAAGGGCAUAGAAGUCCAAAAAUAAGCAUUGAAAAGAAGUGGGGAGAUAAAGCAGCUCUUUGAAUGGAAUUGCUGCAAAUUUCCCUCCAUUCAUUUGUAUUGUUAGCAGCAUCACUGCACAAUGCACAGAGCACAUAAGGAUACCUAGCUUAGCAAAUAAACCUUGUGGGGUGUCAGCUGGAGCAUAAUGAAGACUCCAUUUAGGAGAACAGGCGACCAGCGAGGCUGAACCGAUGUGUGUACGCCACAUUUUUGGCUGACUUCAUUCAUGCCAGGUCAUGUUGCAUCUACACAACCGAUCCGACCCAGAUGGAGACGUCCCAUCACCUCUGUAAGCAGUGUAACCUUUAUAUCCGAAUUCCCAGAGUGGAUGUUAAUGUGAGGUUUAAACGGGGUCUUUCUCUGCCGCUCUGAGAAUAAACCCGCUGAUGUUUCUACGGUGCGUACCGACACAGAUGCUCCUCACUCCUGGGCUUCAUUGUUGCACUUAGAGUUUACAUUUUGAUGGUUAAAAGGUAAAAAAUAAUAAUAAUAAAAUCUUAUUUUGAAGACGGAAGGCCCUCCAAUCAAAGCGUCUUUCGCCAAUGUGUGUUCAAGUGAACAUUCAUAUAUAAAUAUUUAUUUGUUAUAGCCAGUUUAAAAAAGACUUUCUGUUUUGUAUUAUUAUUUAUCCUUCAUGUAUUUAUAUCGAGAAAAAAUACUGUACUUUUUUAGUAUUUACCUGUUAUGAAAGAAAAAAAAACAAGGUUGUGUUUCUUCUUGUCCAUUGUACUGAAGUUACAUUUUUUAGUUCUUGUAUUUUAGAAGAAGAAAACGUAGUUUUUAUGUUCCUAUGAUGACCCUUGUACAUAAAUGUCUUGGCUUGUACAGGGAAAAAGGCACAGGCGGGGAUCGGUGACCCGCCGGUGCAUAGUCUGAAAAUUUAGACCAACUAUUAGCUGGAAAAAAGAACGAGUCUUUUUGGAGAAAACUACUUCUUUCUUUGUCCUUUGUAGCUCCUUUUUCUUUCAUUGUUGAGAGAGUUGUCUGUCGAACAAUUCUUUAAUAAAAUGUUAUGUUAUUCA